AGGACUAGCCUACAAGCCUUUUUUAAUGUUUGUUUUAAAUGGAUUUAUUUGAUUUUAACAACUAUUUUGUGUUAACGUAUUUACUUUAGGAAUAAUGAGGGAAAAAGUAGGUAAAAUUACCUCACUUUGUAUUUUUUCAAUGACAACAACCAACGGCACUAUGCGGCGGCAACCAAUGAGAUUGCAGUUAGUGACCUGCCGCUUGAUGCGAUUGGAUACUGCUAGAGAAUAGGAACGCCCACUAGCAUCUGACAGGAAUAACAGAUUCAUUCGACGACCUUUAACGGUUUAGUGUCUGUUUGAACUCGAGAAAUUUAUGAUUUUGGAUGAGAGUUCACGGGGAAUGCGCACAAAUGGGGCUUUCAGAGCUCAUUAUCUGCAGGCGAAGAGGAAAGCGAAGGAGUUUGAAGUUUGUACAACUUGUGUCAGAAGAUUUGCAUAUCCCACGAAAGUGCUGAUAUGGAUUUCUUGCCUCACCUGAGCGUGAAUGACUGUUGGGUCGUUGGGCUCGAGCGCUUCGCUGUUGGUCCUGCUGGAGAAGAAGAGGAGUUUUUCGAGAUUAGGACUGAAUGGGCUGAAAAAAGCAUAACAUAUCUGCGAAGGCGAUAUCACGAUCUAGUGAAACUUGUUAAGAAUUUGAGCAAAUCAUUUCCAGACGACAGAGGACUUUUGCCUCAGUCAUUGAUGCUUGAGGCACUACAGAGGAUAAAGGAAGCAGAAGAAAAUAAUGUUGAUACUAGGUUGGAUGAAGUGGAAAAAUUAUUGAGAAAUAUCAUCAAAAUGCCACAAAAGUUCUCUCAGUCUGAGGCAGUUCUUACAUUUUUCAAGACUUCUCCACUUGACUAUACCUUGAAAACCAUGUAUGAACCAAUCCAGCCUUUCUACCAGAGUCCUGUCACUGUAGCUGAUGUCAGAAGGGCCAAUGGGUUUUGUUUGGCCAAUACAGAAACUGUUCUUUUUGAUGCGUAUUUACUAGCCGAAGGAGCAUCAGAGCCAUCUCCAAAGUACAGCUCUGAGAUUGAUUCCCAGAUAUGGACGGGAAUGAGAAUACAAAAUGGAGUCCAAUGUGUUAAGGAAACUGUGCACAAACCUGAAAAGGGCUUCGUGACUCUUGGUACCACUGAAAGUAAAGAUACAGAUUAUCAACUUAAAAAAUCACAGAUUACCAAUAGCAACAUGACGUACCUCCACCUACAAGCCUGCGAGACAGAUAUCCUUGAAUGACUUAAUGCACUUGACCACGUAUCUUUCUAGUAUGAAAGUGUACAGAAAUGGUCAUUUUUAAAGUUUUGUCUUUAAGAAUAUUUUUUUUUAAAUAAAAUAAUACAUUUCUAAAUGAUUUAUAAAGAUUUAUAAAAUAACUAUAAGAUUUGUAAAAAUGGAUAGAUUAAUAUUUUUAUAAGAUGAACUGUAAUAUUAAUAAAAAUAUUUAACCAGCUCUGAUUAAUGUUGUU